AUGCUGAGGGAACGGGCUGUUGACUUCGAGGUCUGGGUUGAUGAUCUGCAGCUUUUCCUACAGUGCGAUAGGAAAGACGAUCUCUCACUGUUCCAUCUCGCAUCUGGCGCCUCUACUGCCCCUGCUGCCGAUGCUGACAGCACUGUUCGCUCACAGUGGGCCACACGCGAUUCUGCUGCCCGUCUUGCUGUGCGUAGUCACUUGCCGUCCUCUGAGCGCACGCACUUUAGUCAGUGCAAGAGUGCUAAGACCUUGGACCACUUCCUCUCUGUUUGCCCCACCACACUCACCGCUGACCUCCUCGAGGAGUGCCUCCUGGCAGCUGAGAAGAGUUUAGUCACUGUAGGAGCCUCUCGUGGUGACCCUCGUGCCCCCUUCUUUGAGGGGUGCUCCCCCUCCCCGCUUUUGCCCUCUGUUACCUCUGCUGCUGCCGUCAAAUUCGUUGGCACCGAGUCGGUCGGCGCUGCGUCUGCCCCUAGCGGGAGACGCCGCACCGGCAAGGGCAAAGGGGGCAAGGGCGCUGGAGGGGCUGGCGGGGGCGGUGGAGGUGGAGGCGGAGGCGGCGGCGGGAGUGGGGGUGGUGGUUGGAGUGGUGGCGGGGGUGGGGGCUUUGGUGGCAGCGGUGGAGGCGGAGGCGGCGGCGGAGGUGGCGGUGGGAGCGGAGGAGGAGGCGGUGGCGGCAGUGGCGGAGGUGGCGGCGGCGGAGGUGGAGCAGGUCGGGGUGGCUUCGGUGGCGGUCAGCGCCUGCAACAACAGCGCAUUCGUGAGACCCCGCCCCCCCAGCAGCUUCGUGAGUGGUACGCUGCGCGUCAGCAGGGUGGGGGUGCUGGUCCUUGUGCCUACGUCCUGUUGGGGGUUGCUAUCUUUGAUGUGGACUAUGAUGCUAUUCUUGCUGCCAUGUAUGUUGUGUCUACUAGUGAUGAGGGUGACUGUUACCUGUGUGUUCCGCCUGACCCGAGCAUUGAGGCUGCUGCUCUAGGUGCUGGUGACGCUGCUGCUCUAGGUGCUAGUGCCUCUACUGCCCCAGGUGCUGGUGAGUCUGCUCUCUCAGGUACCACGUCGGCUCAGGCCUUCCACACCUUCACCCUUGACUCGGGUGCUUCUCGCUCCUUCUUUCGAGACCGCACCACGCUUACGCCGCUUAGUUGGCCAGUUGCGGUCUCCCUGGCGGACCCCUCUAGGGGUGCCGUCCUUGCCCACUUCUCCACUGUCUUACCGAGUCCGGCGGCCCCCUCCAGCACCCUGUCAGGUCUCUACCUCCCCUCGUUCUCUACGAACUUGGUGAGUGGUUCUGAUCUACAGGAUGGGGGGGUUGACCAGUUCACUCCUGCGAGUCAGCAGGUGACCCACUGUAUGUGUGCUCGGACAGGCCGACACUUGGCCACGUUUACCCGUCAGCCGGGGUCGAGCCUGUACACACUGACCACUGAUUCUUCUCCGGUCGCUGAUUCAGGUCAGGUGGCUGUGUCCGGUCAGGUGUUUGCUACAGCGUCCAGGUCUGGUCAUGAGUCUGCUCCCUGCUCGUGUCGUGAGCUUCUGGACCAGGCAAGCUCCAAGACCAUGCAAGGUCCUUGUCGCAAGUUUACAAAGCUCGGACGGGAGUGUACAUAA